UCUUCCAGGAAAUAUUUAUUUGAAAAGAUACAAGCCCCCAGUUUAUUUGAUAGGUACGCAUGAUACAGUGGUGUCGAGUACACCGCCCAGCCGAUAAGCAUCACCCUUUCCAAGAGACGCCGACCGACCUGCUGCCUUCUACACAUCAUCAACCUUCUCUCAACUGCUGUCGGCGCGAACCGUACCCCGAGCCCCUCCAUCAUCACCAUUACCACCACCACUGUCGAGCCGACUCCUCAUCCUGAUAUCCACCCAUCGCUAUCACCUCUGCCGACCAUGAAUCCCGAAUACGACUAUCUCUUCAAGCUCCUCCUCAUCGGAGAUUCCGGUGUCGGAAAGUCUUGCUUGCUCUUGCGGUUCGCCGACGACACCUAUACCGAGUCCUACAUCUCCACGAUCGGCGUUGACUUCAAAAUCCGGACGAUCGAACUCGACGGGAAGACCGUGAAGCUCCAGAUUUGGGAUACUGCCGGCCAAGAACGCUUCCGCACAAUCACAUCCUCAUACUACCGUGGCGCGCAUGGCAUCUGCGUCGUCUACGAUGUUACCGAUAUGGACAGCUUCAACAACGUGAAGCAAUGGCUCCAAGAAAUCGACAGGUACGCCACCGAGGGCGUUAACAAGCUCCUGGUUGGCAACAAGAGCGAUAUGGCGGAUAAGAAGGUGGUUGAUUACCAAGUCGCAAAGGAAUUUGCCGACAGCUUGGGCAUCCCAUUCCUCGAGACAUCAGCAAAGAACGCCAGCAACGUCGAGCAGGCUUUCUUGACCAUGGCUCGCCAGAUCAAGGAGCGCAUGGGCAGCAGCAUUGCCACCAACAACACCAAGGCGAACGUCAACGUGUCGCCUGGACAGGGUGUCUCCAACAACCAGUCCGGUGGCUGCUGCUAA